AUGCCGCACGAGAAGAUGAAAUGGCCCUUUUGGCACUCCCCUCGAGCGAGGAAACCAGCACCUUUAGCUCCAUCGUCGAGGGAUACUCCCCCAUCGCCCGAUAUCCAAGUCACCGACCAGGUGCUCCCCUUUGUGGACGAUGAGCAGGGCACCGCGACGGAAUCCGUUUCUUCGACCUCUUCGACCGACAGUCUAGUCCCUCCGCGUACAGUGUUCUCGAAACGAACGGUUCAGGACUUGAAAGGCCUGUGGGACGAAGCCCUCUCCAAAUAUCACCAAAGUACUGGCGUGGACCUCACCAACUCAAAGUCCAAACUUUAUCGGCGAUUGAAGGAUUGCAACGAUCACGAGUCGAUCGAACGCGCCCUCGUCAAAGCUGCCACCGACUUUCGACGUUAUCGAGACCCGUCAGCGCCUGACGUUGAUGACAGGCUCCGCCGCAUCUUGAAACCCAUCGUCGGUGCGGUGUUGAGUGUUGGCGCCUUGGAGGCAGGAGGAGAACUAGCUUCGGCUUUCACCCUUCAUGGUGGGAAAGCUCCCUUCGUGGCAGUGAUGGUCCUUUUUCGAGCUACGCAGGGUGUCAGUACGCGCUUCGACAACGUUUUGACACUUCUUGAUCGGUUUCGAUACUACAUGUUGCGCCUGAAGGUUAGAGAAGACAUACCUCUGGGACCAGAAUUGCACUCCGUCAUUAUCGAAAUACUCGUCAAGAUGUUGGGCACGUUCGCCAUCGUGACGAAGACAAUGCAGAAGAAUCGAUUUGAGCACUUUAUGUCUGUCCUCGCCGGUGGGAAGAACGCCGCCGCUGAUGCCGCCCGCGAGUUCGAUCUACUGGAAACUCAAGAUACCCGACUGAUACUUUCCAGCGUGUACAAGGAAGUGUACGCGUUCAAUCACACUGCGCAGGAGUCUCUCUUGGCGGACGUCAAAGGGAUGAAGGAUGACAUUGCGCAAGUGAGAGUCAAUACAGGCAAGAUCUUGGACCGAAUGGAAGAGUGGUCCACGAGUUCGCAAGGCAGGUUCCAUCUCUCGACUCGCCGAGAUCUAAGCGCUAACCUCCGUGAUAUCUUAGUGGUUGAGAGUGGGAUUGCAUCGCAUGCCCACAGUGCGCCAUCAUCACUAGUAUCGACAGCAGACAAACCACUUAACGUCGUCUCUAGAGAGACACCGUCGGCCAGCACCUCGUUACAAACUAUGGGGACUGCCGAGAUCUGGAACACUUGUCUGAUGAUCACAUACGCCAACAUGGUGUCAACCGUCGAAUCUUUUGCAAGUAACGUGCUGUCUGGUUAUGGCGACUUUACUCCAGCUGAGCGGGCCGCUUUACGGAACGGGCUGGCCACGAUAUAUUCCGCAGCGGCAUUCACUGCCAGCAGUGGCUCAGAAAACGGUCCCUGGUUCGUUGCCUUGGUGAACCCGUCCGCCUUCGUGGCAGCAUUCCUACCUAUGACAAUGACUUAUCUUGCCGCAUUUGUCUGCUGGAAAAAUCUUCCCCGUCAUCUUGGGCGCACACCCUCCUGCACUAUCGUCAUCAUCGACAUCGUCGGCGAUCACGUGCUUGUACCUUUGGAUGAAUACUCGUUGUGGGAGGACAUCCACGCGCUACUUCUUCGCCGGUUCACAGACAAGCCAGGCGCUGAAUUCGUGCGCUCUCGCGAUUACAGAAUCAUGGAUACGGCCGGAGAGUCAGCGAUCAUCCAACCGACAGCAUGGACGCAGAUUGUGAAGGCUGGUAUGACUCUCGAGAUGGGCAUCCUACUUCGUCAAUCAUCACUUCAGCUCCAAUGCCCUUACUGUGAUCUCCUUGCUUCGCAAACACUAUACGCUGACGAGUUUCUUCGCUGUAAGCGUUGCAAGCACCAAUACAGAGCAUCCAUUGCGGACAUUGCAGAUAUCGACGACCCCUUUAUCAGAACGCUCCUUACUGGCAUCGAUCCGUCAACAAAUGCUCUUAUCUCACAAAUGGUCAAACUGCUGCUCUCCGAGUUCACUGAUAUUCCAAACGGCACGCCGGCAGAGGCCACCCACGACGGUGACUUCGCAGUGCAAGGUGCACAAUCACCACGCACAAGAGACAUGACCUUGUUCCGGAGAAUCCUGGUCGAAGUGUUACCAGAUACGCAUCACACCUCACACAACACUGUAUCGACUGGGUCGUCAUCUCUGCCAGAUAAUCGUUUGCGUUCCGACGAUGUCACGGGAUCUAUAUCCUUGUCAUUCGAUCAGGGAGGUGUCGAAGAUCUACGCCGAAUACGCGAGGCCGAGGCUCUGCCGCACCAAGAUGGCCGACGCACCGCUGUCGCACCGAUUCCUGCACCCAUCUCAUGCCCGAGCAAUGGCUUUGUUUUUAGCCCUGCCGCCCCCGAAGCGCAUAUCAUAGCAGAUCUGUGGCACGAGGUUUUCUGUCGGUACCGCGACAUCGUUGGCGUGGGCCUGAAGACUCAUGACGCAGACCUUCAACGGCAUUUUGAGGGAUGCGCUACAUACCACGAUACUGUUGACGCCUUGAUUGGCACUGUCAAUUCGUUCGAACUCUAUCGCAACCCAGCUCCGAAUGGCGCGGCCGCAAAGGUCCGCGGGGCGCUACGUGAUGUCAUGAGUGUCGUGUCGAGUAUCGGCGUUGUCAAUGUGGCUGGAGAAGCUGCAGCUGAUACGACCGUACCAGGAGGCAAAUCGAUCUUCGUGGCCAUAGGAGUGCUUCUCAAGGUGACUAAGAGGGUUAGUGAUCGCUUUGAUGCAGUCACAGUCCUCUUCGAGAAGUUCCAGCGCUACAUGACGCGUCUUCAAGAUCUGCGCCUAAGUGGCCCCAUCCAACAUGCGUCGCAUGAGCUCGCUGUUAAGAUCCUGGUUGAGAUGAUCGGUUCUUUGGCACUAGCCACUCAGCUGAUGCACCAGAAUCGGGUCGAACAUCUCGCCUCUGUCCUUCUUGGAUGA